AGCAUAAUUAGUUAUUUAUAUUAUUUUAGCUCAAAAUGAUGAGCAUCAAAUCUACAUGUAAACAAAUGCUGGAAAUUUGACGAAGGCCGUCUGUCUAGAGUCUAGUCCAUCCAUUGGUUGAAUUUGUUUUGCUCCAUAAGUCCAUCCAAUUUCUCUCCCAAUCCGCUGCUACAAACUCGGCGUAGGAAAUGGAUGCGUCGUUCGUAUCCAGAGCAAAAACUGCCUUCCAUUCUGCCGCGGCUAAAGCGGAGAAAGUUUUCACUGACAUUAAAAAAUCUGAUCUCAUCAACGAUCCAGAUUCCGACAACCAAUCGCCGGCGACGUCAACAAGUGAGAUUCCAGAGGAUAAGGACGUGUCGAAGGAAGGGAAGACUUCAUGGCGGAGACCGCCACCAAUAAAGGCAAAGCAGGACUGGCAUGAGAGGUUUAAGAACAUAAGAAUAGGCAAAAAAGGAACUGAGGGUACUACUGACAAAGCUGAAAGUCCACGAAUGGCGUAUGCAAUUUUUGAUGAAAAUAUUUGCUUCAUGAGUGAGAGGGAAUUACCUAAUUCAAAGGACUCUGAAUCAGGUUCGACGAUGGAAGAGUCAAACCUUGGGGACAGUGACGUUAUUCCUCCAGCAGCUGUCAUGAAGCAACUAGCUGUAGCUGUGGAGGCUGGAAAGAGGUGUAUUACAAUGAAAGACUUCCUAGCUUCGUCCAGAGGUUCUUCACCCAUCAUGGAGAGGGCUAGCUUAAGCUUGUCUGCAGUGAAGUCUUUAGUGCUACGUGAAAAAGAAGACAAGUUUUCCGGCGAAUUUGGUGCUGAUGACAAAGUCUUGUCUCGUAUCAAUUCAUUGCUAGACGCAGAAGGACAUUUUCCUGGAAGCAAGGUUUAUUCUGAUACUGAAACAUCCGCAAAUGCUUCAUCUUUGCCCAAGGAUAUUCAUGGAGCUCCUCCUGAAAGUUUUAUUGUUAAGCUUGCUGAAGUAAUUGGACGUAUGAAAUCACUGCGGAAAAUGGCAUUAUUAUGGUGCAAAAUUGUUGCUGAAUUGAGGAGGCUGUGGUCUGAAGGACAAUAUAUCCCUGGCAUUCCUCCAGAUCAAAUUCCGAACCUAAAUUCGUGUCUUCUAUAUCAACAGUUCCAGGUUAUUAACCGUUGCAUUUCCAGAAAAAAUCGACGCAUUGCAGCCACUGAAUCAUUGGAUUCGGUUUUGAGGCUAGCAGGUUCAAAUGCUGAUGUUCUUGUUUCUGAGGGCACUCUUCCUGCAACUCCCGUCUUGUACGCUAAAGUUAGCACGGGAGAAUUAAUUCUUCGGUUAGGAGUGGACACGCGAUCUGAUUUGACAAUGUUGGAAACGGGUGAACCUAUAUAUACGCCAGUGAUGCAGGAAGAACCUUUGCUAACAGAAGAUCUAAUCAAAGAAACAGAGGAGCUGGUGCUCCGAACAGGGAGUCUUGGAGCCGGGUGCUCUCAACUCCUGUCUGAUAUGCAGGCUUUCAAGGCAGCAAAUCCUGGGUGUAUAUUAGAAGAUUUCAUAAGAUGGCAUUCUCCUCCUGAUUGGAUGGAAUGUGAUACAAAUGAUGAAAUCAAUGAAACCCUUGAUGCUAAUGACUCAUUGUCUGGAAGAGGCCAACUGAGUACUCGAAUGCAGAAAGAAGGCAACUUGUGGCGCGAACUAUGGGAAACUGCAAAGCCAGUGCCAGCUGUUAGACAAACUCCUCUCUUUGAUGAGGAUUUGGCUGUGGAAAGUAUUCUGGAUAAUUUAGAGGACAUUUCACCCCAUGAGCUUUUCAAGCAGCUAUUUAUAUCUCUUUUGGGAUCAGGAUUUGUAACUGCUGAGGCCACCCUUUCCAACAACUCAAAUUUAUCAAAGCUGUUCUGUGAUUGUAAAGAGUACGUCAUUGUCACCUGUCAAAGCAGCAGCUGGGUUGAGAAAGUUGAUGAGUUAUGCCAGGUCUACGAAACUGUAGAGUCAAUGGUACUUGGUCCAGAUGAAGUCAUAAGGAUCACAUUUCAACCUGAAGAACCUACAGCUGCACCUGCCAAUGAACUAAAAAGUCGAUUUAAAAGGCUUAGUCUCAUUUUUGGUAACAAGGAUAAACUAUCACCCCAAGGCCAGAAGAACCAGGAGGAGAGUCCAUUACGGCAACCAUUCUCAUCGAUAUUUUCAAAGAAACCUCCGAAGCCCGGCAGUUCAUCUCCAGCUGAUAAACCUGUUACUCCCGUUGAAAAUGACUGGACAAUUGUAUAAGAAAUGUUUUUGUUCAUUCUCCAACUGUAAAUUCAUGUUACUAGUUUAGGCAUACAAACCCGAUGAUAUCCAACAUUGUGAGUUUCAGCUGACUCUUGUGACGAAACGGUUAAUGGAAAAAUUUAUCUAAGAUUCUGUUGGAGGUAUUUUCUGUGA